ACCUCUCUGUCUAAGUGAGAUCAACAAUGGUCUUAAACGUGAUCAAGAUCUCCCGAGUCAGCCCUUCAACUAACUCAGCCACCCCACUCGUCCUCCCACUCACUUUCUUCGAUUUACUUUGGCUAAAACUCAACCCUAUCGAACGAGUCACCUUUUACAAACUCACUGACUUAUCUCAUUACUCCUUCUUCUCCACAAUCCUCCCAAAGCUCGAGCGAUCUUUCUCCCAAGUCCUCUCACAUUUCCUCCCACUCUCUGGUCACCUCAGAUGGAAUCCACAAGAUCCAAAGCCUUACGUUGUUGUCUUCCCACAAGACACUGUCUCUCUUACCGUGGCCGAGACGGACACUGACUUCUCACGAGUCUCAAGCAAAGAGCUUCGUCUCGAGACUGAGUUACGUUUUCUUAUCCCUGAGUUAGAGAUUUCAUCUGACUCAACGUCUCUUCUUGCACUACAAAUCACACUCUUCCCAAACCAAGGCUUCUCCAUUGGAUUCACAACCCACCAUGUCAUCAUGGACGGCAAAACCGCUUUAAAUUUUCAUAACACUUGGGCUCAUCUUUGUAAAUACGGAACCAUACCUCAAGAUCUUGAUCUACCUUUGGUUUUAGAUCGUAAGGUCAUCAAUGUUCCGGCAAGACUCGAAUCCAAGAUCUUGCAGCUCCUACAGGACGACAAAGACGACGCAAGAACCUUAAAGGCUCCUCCAGCUAAGGAUAUUGAAGAUGUUGUCCGAGUCACACUCGAGCUGUCUCAAGAAAACAUCAAGAAACUUAAAGAACGAGCCAAGAACGGGUCAACUCGGUCUGAUCUUUACUUAUCAACGUUCGUAGUCACGUACGCUUAUGUGUUGACUUGUGUGAUCAAGGCUCGUGGAGGUAGUGUUGAUAGACCGGUUCGGUUUAUGUACGCUGCUGAUUUUAGAAACCGGUUAGACCCGCCGGUUCCUUUAACAUACUUUGGGAAUUGUGUGUUACCAAUUGAUUUUUAUGGAUACAAAGCUAAGACGUUUUUGGGGGACGAUGGGUUUGUCAAUGGUGUUGAGAUUCUAAGUGGCUCAGUUAGAGGCUUGGGUUCACCAAGUUUUGAGUCAAUAUGGGAAGUGUAUGAGGAAGGAACAAGAACUAUGAGAUUAGGUACACAAGUAUUGACUGUAACCGGUUCAAACCAUUUUGGGAUAUACGGUUUCGAUUUCGGGUGGGGAAGACCGGUUCACACUGAGAUUAUGUCUCUUUACCAGAACGAUGAGUUUUCUAUGUCAGCUAGGAGGGAUGAUAUUGGUGGUGUGGAGAUUGGUGUAUGUUUGAAGAAAUGUGAGAUGGAUGUUUUCAGAGGGCUUUUUUUGGGGGAGAUGGGUUUGUCAAUGGUGUCGUGAAAAGACCCAACCCGUUUUUUUUUUAAUCAUGCAAAUCGGAUUAACCCAAA